CGGAUAAGCUCUCUAUCCAUCUCCUCACAUCUCUUCCCAAAACUUUCAAAAACAAAAAAAAUAUCUUAAUUAUGGCAUUUGAAAACUUAAAAAUAUCUCGUCACAUAUCUUCAUCGACAAAAAAUUUACUGAAAGCGAAAAAAAUAAUGGCAGCUUUGGCAUCAAACCCCCAAAUGCUAACUAGACAAGCUCACGGUAACAAGAAGGAACAAUUGUGGAGGAAAGAGAGUUUAAAUUUGGAGAAGAAGUGUGGGUUUUGUGUGAGCGUUUACAGUAAUGAAAAGCUUGGGAGGUCACAUAUGGAGAAAGAGUGGAGACUAAAAGCCUUUUGGUCAAACAUAGCUCAGCCUACGACUUUGGAGAUGGAACCCAUUAACAACGUUGAAGAACUCGAUGCUGUUCUCUCUCACGCACGCCAACUCUCUCAGCCUAUCAUCAUCGAAUGGAUGGCUUCUUGGUGUCGAAAAUGUAUUUACUUGAAGCCUAAGUUGGAGAAAUUAGCGGCAGAAUAUAAUAACCGGUAAGCUAACAAAAGAAUCAACAAUUUACAUGGAUGUUAUUGCAAAGGUUGAUUAUAUUGUGAACAAAAAUGAUUUUUCUUACAACAGAGCAAAGUUUUACUAUGUGGAUGUAAACAAGGUCCCUCAAACCUUGGUGAAACGUGGAAACAUUUCGGUAAAAUGCUUAAACAUAAUUUUGUCCUUCUUUUCUGAUGUGGUAUGUGCCAAAUCUGAACCAAUUACUUCCAUAUUCGUGUGUUAUGCAGAAAAUGCCUACUAUUCAGGUAUGCUUACUUUCAUCUAAUACAACAUCAGUAUUUUGAGUUUCUUGAUACGCAUUUGACAAUAAAGUAAUAGUGAAAAAGUAAAUUAACAUAAUAAUGAGAAAAAUGAGUGGUGAAUGCAGUUAUGGAAGGAAGAUGAGAUGAAAGAGGAGGUGAUUGGAGGUCACAAAGGAUGGCUUGUCAUCGAAGAAGUUAGAGAAUUGAUCAACAAAUUUGUCUAGUUCUCUCUUUUUUUUCAUUUCCUACCUUUUUUUUUUCUUUUAAAAAAAAUUAAUAUGUACAGUCAGUUUUCUUAUUUUCUUUCUUUAUACAAUUUCAAACUUAAAAACUCCUUUUUUUGAUAAUCAAGAAAUUUCACAUUUUUUUUUCUUUUCGUCGAGAUUGAGCUUUGUUAAUUAAGAAUGGCUAAAGUCAAGGUACAAUUGUUCAACCAUUCA